CCCCGGAAAAUGUGGGCUGUGUGUAGAGCAUUGAGGUCUGCCUCUGGUUUUAGGCAGUCUGCGCUUCAACUGAGAGCCGUGAGCACUGAUUCCAGGCUGUGUGCAGCAGUGUGUGUGAGAUCUGUAUGCAGAGACAGAUCAUGUGUAUCGUCCAAUCAGCCAAUAAAGAAUAUCUGCACAAACAUUCUAAUAUGCAGUAGCAGAAGAGCAGGAACUUUGACAAGCAGUAGUGUAUUAGAUGAAACGACAUAUGAAAGAUUGGCGGCAGAUACACUAUAUGCCCUUGCAGAGUUCUUUGAGGACCUGGCUGAUCAGCCAUUUACACCUGACGAUUAUGAUGUCUCUUUUGGGAACGGUGUACUUACAGUAAAUGUUGGCAGUGACGUUGGAACCUAUGUGAUCAAUAAACAGACACCAAACAGACAGAUCUGGCUAUCAUCUCCCUCAAGUGGACCAAAACGAUAUGACUGGACAGGAACAAUGUGGAUUUAUUCACACGAUGGAUCGUCUCUUCAUCAGUUACUGGAGCAAGAACUUUCCCUUGCACUGAAUACCAAAUUAGAUCUAUCGACAAUAUUAUAUGCACAAUGACACAAAGUCAGCAGCUUCUGUAAUAUUUCUGUUGUAAAUGACUACUACAUAUAGUUUCUGUAUGAAAGUCUUCAGUCUUCUUAACUUGCUAUUUAUUU